AUGUCUGGAGAAUUCAACGCUGUGGCCAACACAGCCAUCGGGGUGGGUGUCGACACUCUCCCCAGUGACAGCUCGGGUACUGAGGGAGGUGACAGCGGGGCCUCUCAGUGGCAACCAGCAGUUUGGGUCUCCCAGCAGUUGGGUCUCCCAGCAGUUGGGCCUCCCAGCAGUUGGGCCUCCCAGCAGUUGAGCCUCCCAACAGUUGAGCCUCCCAACAGUUGGGUCUCCCAGCAGUUAGGUUUCCCUGCUGGGCCUCCAGCAGUUGGGCCUCCCAGCAGUUGGGCCUCCCAGCAGCCUCCAGCAGUGGGCCUCCCAGCAGUUGCCUCCCAGCAGUUGCCCUCCCAGCAGUUGGCCCCACUCUCCCAGCAGGGCCUCCCAGCAGUUGGGCCUCCCAGCAGUUGGGCCUCCCAGCAGUUGGCCCUCCCAGCAGUUGUCCUCCCAGCAGUUGUCCUCCCAGCAGUUGGGCCUCCCAGCAGUGGGCCUCCCAGCAGUUGGGCCUCCCAGCAGUUGGGCCUCCCAGCAGUUGGCCCUCCCAGCAGUUGUCCUCCCAGCAGUUGUCCUCCCAGCAGUUGGGCCUCCCAGCAGUUGGGCUUAGCCGUUACCCCAGAAAAAUAA